AUGUCACCUGCUUGUCAAUAUGAGCCGACACCAUUUGGACAUGAAAUGCGUCGGCACUUUUCCUUUGGCCCUGGUUAUCGCAACCUGAAUCAUGGUAAGAGAAAUCAGCUUUUUUAUACGCUAUUUGGCGUGCUCACUACGUCAGGAUCAUUCGGAGCAUCGCCUGUUGCUAUUCGCAACAAAGCAAAUGCCCUACGCGAUGAAUGUGAGACAAAUCCGUGUCCAUUCAUCAAAUAUCGUUUCCCUAAACUGCUUGACGAAUCCCGGGCUGCCAUGAGUAACUUCCUCGGUGUACCAGAGUCAACCAUUGUCUUCGUUCCAAAUGCGACCACUGGAGUCAACACGGUUAUGCAAAACAUGGUAUGGAGUAGUGAUGGGAAAGACGAGAUUCUUCAGUUGGAUAUCAUAUAUGGAGCAUGUGGUAAGACGACCAGUUAUGUUUGUGAAGCCAGUGAAGACAGGGUUCGCACGAGAGAGAUUGGUUUCACGCAUUCAGUUGAUGACACUGAGAUGAUUUUUGCAUUUCGAAAAGCGAUCGAGGAUUCACGCAUGGAAGGUUACCGCCCGCGCAUUGCUAUUUUCGAUACAAUUUCGUCCAACCCGGGUGUUCGGCUUCCAUUUGAGGGACUUACAGCGGUCUGCCAUUCGGAGGGUGUACUGAGUCUGAUUGAUGCCGCCCAUGGAAUUGGGCAAAUCGAUCUUAAUCUAUCCUCGCUGGACCCAGACUUCCUGGUUAGCAACUGCCAUAAAUGGCUAUUUACUCCUCGCGGAUGCGCUGUAUUUUACGUCCCUGAGCGCAACCAAGCCAUGGUGCGAAGCACUCUACCAACAAGCCACGGAUUCAUUGCUCGGUCGCCUGGGAAAGCAUCUUGUGUUAGUUCCAAUGAGUCAGUGAGGGAAAAGACAGAAUUUGUCUCCAAUUUCGAGUUCGUUGGAACAACCGACAACUUUUCGUUCUUAACGGUGCCUGAAGCCAUCCGGUGGAGACAGAAGGUCUGCGGUGGUGAGACCGAGAUUCGGGAGUACUGCAUUCAGCUUUCUCGCAAAGGUGGACAAAGGGUUGCAGAUAUUCUAGGGACCGUCAUUCUAGACAAUGUUGCCCAUACUUUGACAGACUGCUGUAUGGUUAAUAUCCUCCUUCCUAUCAGGAAACCGACUUCUGGAGACGGGAGUCUGGUCAAAAGACAAGAUAAUCCCGAUACGACUGUGACUGAAUGGAUGCAGCAGACGAUGAUCAAGUCAUACAAGACAUUCAUGCCAGUCUUCCCUUUUCAGGGAUCUUGGUGGGUUCGACUUAGUGCGCAAGUUUAUCUUGAGGCCAGCGAUUUCGAAUGGGCUGGCUGUACACUGAAAGACCUCUGUAAGAAGCUACACGAGGAAGAUGAUCGUGAUAAUCGCGUAUAA